UUAAUGUUUACAUUUUUGAUUACUUCCUAGUUAAUAAUCUCUGUUUAAAGCUUUUUAUAAUGCUCUUUUAACAUUGAUUUUCGUUAAAUGAGCUAUGUCUGAACGUAAAAAUAAAUCAAAAUUAAUUAAGCGUCGUCUAAGUGACCAGUCUGAAGUGCCUCAGAAGCGUCCUAGAAAUGUCGCCCAGAAAAGUUCUUCUUUUAAAGAUCAGUGCUCAGGUACCAGAAAACAAGAUAUACUGCGCGAAAGAGACAAAAAAACUAAAAGUGGCAACACAUUAGUCCAAGUACAAGAAACUGUACCCUCACAAUCACGGGUUCAGGAUGUUUCAGGUCCAGAGCCUGUUGAGAAAUCUCAUAAUGUGAACGAAAAGAGGACAAUCCUUAAAAGGUCCAGAAAACGUCCGGGAAAGUUUAUCUUAAAAGAUGAUACAGGAGAAGAGACUAUUAUUGAGAUUGAUAACAGUUCUCAGCCCACAAAUAAUAGAAGCGCUAAGAAUAUUUUUAACAGAACCAGUUUAACAACUCACAAAAGAAAUGAGUGUAUUGAAGAACGAUUGUCUGGGGACUCAUUUAGGUCAUGUAAAAGCCUUGUAACUGUCUCAGAAGUGUCUAGUAGUGAAACGAGUUUAAAUUCAAAUACCCCUAUGCAGCAAAGGUUAAAUAGACUUAAAAGAGCUUCAACAUCCAACAGCAGCACAAAGACACUUACACCUAAUCAAACUCUUCAAAGCCCAAUACCUUCAAGUGUCAGUCCACCAAAAGGACUAAAAAUCCCUUUGAAGAGAAAUUUAGUUAAAAGACCUUUUGAGGAGUUUGAUAGUUCCAGCUCAAGUAGCAUAACUUCAAAGGAUAAUACCUCAGAUAAAUCUGAGGAAUCUAUGGUUCUAAAAAGCCCUGAGGAAUCAAGAAGUAUAUUAAAAAAAAUAGCAUUAGCUUCCACUAGUGUCUUGGCAGUAAGAAGAGCAAAAUCUAGUUAUGAUUCUGUUGAUUCUCAAUUGCCUGUUACUCGGCAAACAGUUGUUCAUCAUAAUCAGUCUGAAGCCCCUGAAAAGCCAGCUCUUUUAAAGUUUGCUGAGAAUCUUGCUUCUAAAAGGUUAAAAAGGCUUAGAGACUCACUCAAAAAUACAGAAAAUGAAAGGGAAACAACAAAACAUAUUUCACCUCUUAAGAGGACUCUUGAAGUUGAGAGUACUCAUGUAGCAAAGGACCAGAAACUUUUUGAAAAGCCCAGUAAUUUUAUUCCAAACUUACUAAGGAAUAAUAAUAAGUCCAAGGCAAAGUCGCCUGUGCAAAGCCCUGAGCAAAAAUUCAAUAUUAUCCUUCCAUCGAGUUCUGUUUCCAACAGAUUAAAAUUAAUUAAAGAGAAACAGAGACAAAGUUUAGAGGAAGUUCAGGUAUCAGUUUUUGGCAAGCACAGUUCUGACAAUAUACAAAGUAUCUCCUCAAGAACUCAAUGCACAAGUCCUGUUUUAAUUCAAAAACAAGCUUGUGAGAGUCAAAUUGUCAGUGAAGGUCCAGAUAUAUUCAAAAAAGAUACUUCCACCAGUUCUUUACAAGAUAGAUUGUUGAGAAUUACAAAUAACAACAAAUCGCAUUUAAAAAAGUAUUCAUCAAUGAUGGAAACAGAUUUAUCACAGGAAGGUUUACUCAGCCAGGAAUUAGUUAAUGUAGAAAAUAAAUCUCAAAAGGAAUCAGGUAUUAGUAAUAUCGAAAUGCCUACUACAAGCACAAACAAGUCAGUUUAUAUAGAAAAUUGGAUGACAAGUGCCUAUCCAACAAGUAGAGUUAGUGAUGCAUACCAAAAUGACUCUUUGUUGGUAAAUGUAGAUGAUACACUGCUUAAUAAAAGUGAACUGAUGACUGAGCAACAGGAAGAUGUAUCUAUGGAGUGGGAUGCAAUAUCAGAAAGUGCAGCAGAAGAAAAACCAACUCCCCAACCGCAACCACCUCCCGUGUCUACAAUGGCAAAAGAGCCAUUUAUUUGCAUAGUAACAGACACAAACGUAUUUUUACACGAUUUGCCUAAAAUCAGAGAACUUCUUGCACUUUCAUUAUCUAAUAAACACAAAUUAAAGAUAUUCAUUCCCUGGAUGGUCCAGCAAGAAAUUGACAACUUUAAAGACUCAUUUUCCUCAAAAUUAAGACCGAUGGCGUUAGCCGCACAAAAAUUAAUAAAUAGCCAAUUGUUGCAACCAGACGCAAAAGUUAUAGGGCAGUCUAUAACAGACGUUUGUGACCAAGUAGAUUUAGGUAAGGCGCCAGAUGACAAGAUAUUAGCUUGUCUAUUGCAAGCCGGCAAAAAAUAUGAAUCUGUGAUAUUACUUAGCAAUGAUAUUGGUCUAAGAAACAAAGCUAUUAGCAAUAAUUUUAAAGCAUAUACGCCAAAGGAAAUUUUAGCAAUGAUAAGAAAUAGCAAGUGUUUAAGAAUUAAAAUACGACUUCAGAAUUUUCUGUCCCAAGUGAUAUUUUACUGCUGCAAGAACGCUUUCGGAGACCUUUGUACCAAGAUGGAAGUCUUGCAAGGCUGUCCUUGGCCAUUUGAAGAAUGUUUAAAAAGAUUUAAAAAAUAUUGGUCUACUGCCUUUCAACAGGUGCUAUUGAAACAUUGUUACAAAUGUAUUGAUGAACUAUUAUGCCUAUGUAGUCAAGGAGAUAUUUUGGACUCGGAUCAAGCAAAACUAACAAAAUUUAAAGAUAAAGUCAAAGAAUUUUUAUUUUACCUCCAAGAUAUUGAGCAUUUCAAUACAACCUCUAAAAAAAUGAGAAAUGAAGUUGAUAAUAUUGUUAAUAGUCAGAGUGCUAUGUAGUUGUUGCUAUUGAUAGAUAGUCUAAGAGUGUCUUAACUACUAGUAAAUUACAAAUUUUUGGUUAAGAUCAAUGGCUGAUUUUUAAAAUGUUCAUAUUUUGGUCAUAUUUUUAUUUGGAUUGAUAUUUUAAUUUUUUUAGUUGGUUCAUGCAAGCUGGUCAGUACUAAAGGUAUUAACACGUUGAAGGACACUAGCGUCAUAUGACGUCAGAUGCGUAGGUAUUGCAAAAAGUACACGAGGAAAUCCGGUACGACCUCAAAAACACGCAUUGAUAUCUUCGUUACUUUUUAAGCUAGAAUAACGAAAGUUAUAUUAAAUAUCUUAAUUAGUGCUGGUAUUUUCGCCUAAAUCAAAAAAACUUACGCGUCAUAUGACGUCACGUCACAUCGAAAGCAAUAAAUGUGCUUAAAACGGCACUGACGGCAAACGCCGCAUGUGCAUGUAUUUUAAAAUAAAAUUCCAACACAUUAGACCUUAUAUUACAACCUAAACGUUUUUACAAAAAAACUCGUAUAAAAAUACUUUUUCACGUCAAAAAACUAAAGCUAAAGAUAAGUAUAUCCCAAAAAAUUAUUUGAAAUUGAAAUUUGAGAAACAACGCCUAUUUAUGCUAGUUGUCGAAGCAAGUACCGACACAUGGUGGAGGAUUUAUAUUCCUGCUAUUCCUAGUAGCUCUCUAAUUACACUUUCCCGGAAUGUUGCAUAUGAUGGCUUUUUUUCUAACUUAUGUCUAUAGAUAUAAAAUGCAUUCCACAAUGCAAUAUCAAGAAAGUGAAAUAUUACUUUUUUAUACCAUCUUACAGUUUUUUUAGGGCAGGAAUAAUAACUGAUCAUUUGAUCCGAUCUGUCUAUUCCAGACAUGUGGUUAUUAUAUUGCACUAUUUCUAAUGGUUUUGCAGUCUUUUUCCCAUAUCUAUUUUCGGAUUCUACCAUCUGUGGGGUAUAAGCGGUUGUAAUGGCUAAGACUUCACGUUUGUCUUUCUACUUUGAAACAUAAACAUCAUUUGAACGACGCCAGAUAUGAUCAUCACGUCGUAGUUUUACUGUAGUUACUUCUUUGGGGUUACCAGCCCUGUUACUCCUUAAUGUUUCAGUUGAGUGUGUCUUUUGAACUAGCAACUUGAUGGAUAAAGUGACGCUAUUAUAAAAAUUAUCCAUAUAUACGUGGUGCCCUUUAUUUAAAUAAGGCUCCAUUAGGCGUAAAACUAGGGAAUCUAUUUUGGAUGAUCCGACAUCAUCGCGAUUUGUUUUUCCUUUGUACAUUUCAAUAUUAAGGAUGUAACCAUCACUAGAACAAAGUUCGUAGAAUUUUAUUCCAUACUUUGUUUUUUUUACUUUUUAUAUACACGCGGAAUCUAAGCCUACCUCUAAACAAUAAAAGAGAUUCAUCCAAUGAUAAUGCUUCUUGGGGAUAAAAUAAAUCUUGGCUGUUUUUUAUUAUUUUUUUUAAAAGGAGGCUUACUUUUCCAGCUGUAUCAUUUUUGUCGUCACUAGAAUAAUUAAGACAUCUCAAAAUCUGUUCAAAUCGUCUGCCAGACAUAGUGGCCGAAAAUAUUGGAUGAUAGUAAAUUGGAUCCAGAGAAAACAACUUUCUUACAGAACGACAUUUCAUUCGCCCACCUAUAGGACAUAAACCAAAAAACUGUUUCAUUUCCUGGAUACUAACGGGUUGAAAAUUUCUAAAUCUCUCAUUCCUUUUCUUUGGUCUAUUUUGAAGACAUAAAACCUCGCCAUAUUCAUUCGUCUUCUCUACUAGUAAAUUCAUAAUAUCACGGGUCCAUAUUAGUUCAUAAACUUGAAUUGGUGUCAUAUUAUCAAUAUUUUGCCUAAUACCACUAUUAGAACCAUCAAACGUAAGGUCAAGAGGAUCUUUUAUUGUAGAUUCCCAUACCAAAUUCCUCUCUGCAGAUGUCUGAACUAAAAAAAAAAAUAAUAUUUGCUGAAUACUGAAUAACGGAUGAUAAAACAGGUACAUUACCUUCUUCUUCUCGUUCAUUUUCAGAGUCUGAACUAAUAUCCGUCUGAUCCGGGAGGCAUGUUUUUACUUUUUCCCCAUCAUUAGACCUUGAAGUCGAUGCUAAAAAAAUGGCAAAGUAUAAAAAAUACUCGGUACAUGCUAGUUUUUUUUCUCAAUGUUUGACAAUAUUAUAAUACGAUAGAUAAACUUACAUCUAUCCCUUUCCUAAUUUUUAUUUUCCAGUUGACUAUCACUUGAACUUUCGUUUAAUUCGCCACUAUCGGCUUCGUAGUCCGAGUCAUCAUCUCCGCUAAAGGGGUCAUGUUCUGAAGACAUUUCAUCUGUAUCACACUCUUCGUAAAGUUUAAGAAGUUUUUACUGUUGGUUUUCGUCCAUUUUUUAAUUUAUUUUUUUAUAAACACGUGCUAACUGGACCGCGGUCAUCAAUAAACUAUUAUAACCCGAAACAAGAAAACUUUUUGUACUACUCAUCCUAAAUAUAUGCCAGCGGGUUUUUAGAAUGACAGCCUACCCUAAAUACAUGGUAAAUUGUCGGCAUUUGACACUAACUGCUAUAAAACCACCAUACAGCAAACGCGUUAUAUCAUGUCAGUAUCCACCAAAGCGCUUUACGCUUUGCGGUAUAUGCCGCUAGUGCCGAUACAUUAACCUAAGGGAAAAGCAGGUGUCCUUCAACGUGUUAAUAAUUUUUUCUAACUGGUUACUAAUAUUUUUUAUCCUCAUAUGGUAUGGUAUGGCACUUUUAUAACUCUGCUAAAUUGUUUGAAAUUCAGUUUCAUUAAAAAUUGGCUAAAAUAUGAAUUAUUUUUGAAAAUGAGCUAAAAUAAAAUAAUUGUUUGAAAAAAAUUCGUUUUAUCAUUCAUUGUAAAUUCUCUUUCCAAAAUGCACUAGUAGUGUAUCAUUGUUGCAUAUAAAUAGAAAAGAUACGAAUUUUAUACGGUAGUUAUUUUAUAUAAAUUGUGUUAAUAAUAAAUUAAAAAAAACGA